AUGCGUGUGCGGCGGCAGAGGAGGGGCCUCCGUCGCUCGCCUCCCGGUGAGCCCCCGCUGCCCCCCGCCCAGCGUCAGCAGAAAGAGGAGGAGGAGGAUCCCCGAGGGGCGCCCCAUCGUCCACUCCUCCCGCGCGUCCUCCCGGAGGCGAUGCUCCCCUGGAAGCGGCACAAGGCGGAGCUCUCCUCCCCGGGGCCCCCCUCGCCCCCGGCCUCCCCGGGACCCUCCUCUUCCUCUUCCUCGGGGGGCUCUGGCGGGGGGGCGGGGGCGGCGCUGCUUCUCCGCCGUCUCUUCUCGUCGUCGCGGCGCCGGGCGGGUCAGCGUCGCCGCCGGAGCUUCCGCGUGUCCCGGGAGGCCCCGUGCGUGCCGGCGCUGUACCUGGGCCACGCGGCGACGCUGCAGGCGAAGGGCGAGGGCUGCACGGAGGCGCCGGUGGGGCGGCUGUGGGCGCGGAGCCAGGGCGGGCGGCUGGGGGUGCGCAUGCGCCUCAGCGUGGGCCCCCAGGGGCUGCGCCUGGCCCCCGCCCGGGAGGGGGAGGAGGAGGAGGAGGGGGGGAGACUGUACCUGCUGCACCGGGUGACCCACUGCGCGGCGGACGCGCGCCUCCCGCGGCUGCUCUCGUGGGUGUACCGGCACGAGGCGCGGCACAAGGCGGUGCUGCUCCGGUGCCACGCGGCGCUCCUGCCCAAGGCCGCCCAGGCCCAGGCCCUCGCCCUCCUCCUCCUCCAGACCUCCGCCGCCGCCCUCGCAGACUUCCGGCGCCUCAAAAGGCGCAGCGACGCCCGCCACCAGCGGCAGCGCCUCCUCCUCCUCCGCGGGGGCGAGCAGAACCCCACGCUGACCCCCCUGGCCAAGGCCACCGCCAGCGCCCUCGGGUACAAGCCCCCCGCAGGGAGGGGACGCGGAGCACCACGACUCGGGCCCAUCCCCGAAGACCCCCGCGGGGAGGAGGAAGAGGAAGAGGAGGAGGAGGAGGGGGACAGAGGGGGCACACCCACGCCCACGCGGGACAAGCGCCUGGGGAGGCUCCUGCGCGGACUCGGCGCCCUCGGCCUCGGAAACAGCAGCCCCGCACAGCCCGACACCGGGUGAGACAGCCAGGAAGGAAGGAAGGAAGGAAGGAGCCCCACGCGGGACAGGCCGGGAAAGCCCUGAGUGAUAGGAAGGGGCCGGACUCGGGCACACCUUGACCCCCUCUAGGGAUCCUGAGGGGCAUGGAGAGCUCCCCCCCCCCUCCGCCUCCUGGCAAGACUGCCACCCUGGCCCACCACAUCUCUUGCCAAGACCACCCUCGAGUCCUGGAGGGCACGUCGCCCACUGGUGGCCUAGGGCACUCCCACCUGCUCCUCUUGACGCCAGGAAGGAGAGCGGUCAGCGCCAGGAGGAAGGAGGCACCUGGCAUGCUUGGAAAGCUUUGGAUGGGACUGAGGAGGAGGAGGAGGAGGUGGACCUUGGACCUUUGCUCCCCACAGAGAAUGAGGUGGGUCACCCAGGCCCUGAGGUGCAUGGACACUCCCUCCCAGCUCUACUGCACCUGUGACCCACAUCUAUGGCGGAGACCACCCUCUCGUCCUGGAGGGCACGUCGUCCACGGGUGGCCUAGGGCACUCCCACCUGCUCCUGUUGACGCCAAUGCCCUUGAACAGUGAAGCCAGGUGAGGAAGGAGGCACAUCAGGGCAUGCGUGGAGAGCUCUGGAUGAGACUGAGCAGGAGGAGAUGGACUUGGACAUUUGCUCCCCACAGAGAAUGAGGUGGGUCACCCAGUGCAUGGAUACACCCUCCCAGCUCUACUUCACCUGUGACCCACUUCUAUGGCGGAGACCACCCUAUAUUCCCAAAUUGUGUGCCACCCACUGAUGGCAUCAGGAAGGACUCCAUCCAUCCUGGGCCUUGAAAUAAAAGUCAUCUGGUGUUUCCCUUGGAGAAAUGAAGCCAAGGAAGGAAUGGGGGGGGGGGGUGCUCAGGACGGAGGAGGCAUCCCCCCUCCCUCCCAUAGGAAUGUGUUCCUUCCUCACCCCCUUUGGACCGGCCAGAGAGGGUGCCUUCCCAUGAUGGCGCACCUGGAUUAUGUGGACUCAGCACCCUCCUCCUCAGACUGCCCACCCCCAAAGAGGACCUGCAAAGUGCCCCCCCCCCCACUGGGCCCAGGCUGCAUGCAUGGAGGGUCCCACUGCACACACCCCCACCCACCCCCAUUCCCCUUGGGGGAGAAAAGAACCAUCACAACAGCAGGUGGGGUGGGCCACCCCAGAAACAUGGACUGUGCUGGCCUGCCCUGCCUGUGCCCCCCACCACCAUCAUCUUUAUGGGGUUUUUCUUGGGGGGGGGGGUUGUUUUGCACACAACUGGAAGUAAUAAAAUACUGAAAGC